CAGGCUGUUGCUAUGAUGUUAGAUUGGUUGAGGAAUCAUAAAGACAAUCCGUAUCCCAAUGAUGAUGAGAAAGCUAUGUUAAUAAAACAAACAGGACUAACUAUAAAUCAAAUCAAUUAUUGGUUCACAAACGCCAGGCGGAGAAUCUUACCGAAAUGGGCUCAGUGUAAAUAG